AUGUUUGUCUUUGUGGUCGCUUUACAUCUGCUUUUCGCGUUGCGUGGCGCUGCGAGACGCGAUCGCGAUGACCAUGAUCCUUCUGACCCUAUAGACGUGACGAUCCCAGUCGUCGAACAAGCCUUCGACAAUGCACGCAUCGUCCCCGAUGUUUUGUUAUCGUUCACGCCUACCUCGAUACUGGACGUUGAUUUCAUAGACCCUGACUCGUCGAAACUCGAGUUACAUUCCGUGACGCCUGGUAUCCAAUUGUCUAUGGAGCAGACCCUUCUUGCACCUAGAUUUUCGCUUUCUACGAACGACACAUCGAUCGUGAACGAGAAAUUCGUGAUCGCGCUAGUGGACCCGGAUGCUCCCACACCGCAAAACAGAUCACUAUCACAAUUCCGCCAUUUCUUAGGGGGAGACUUUCACCUAGACGGAAGCUCGACGAUUCGCGCGCCUCUCGUUAACUCCAGCGCUGCCCUCACAGAAUAUGUCAACCCCACUCCACCCAUAGGAUAUGUCAUACUCCUGUUCGUCCAACCGACGAACUUCGAUACUGUCGCGCCGAAUUUUGUCACCCCUUCGACUCCCCGGCCGAACUUCGAUUUGGCAACGUUUGUGGAAGAAGCCGGCCUGGGCGCUCCCAUCGCGGGCACGUUCUUCCUGACGAGGGCCGAUGUUGAUGGGGGCACCUCGUCUGGAGGAGUUGGCGCACCUGCUACUGCUACUGCUACGAACACCGUCGUGAUUGCUUCGAGUCCAAGUGCUGGCGGACGCUCUGUACCAACUUCUCUUGGUAGUACGAGCGGGGCGAAUGCAAGUUUCAUGAAGGGCAUUAGGGGAGAGUUUAGGCGUGCAUGUCUUGUCUUCGUAGCAUCUCUUUUUUUCCUGUGA